UUGCGGCUCGGGCGGCUCUCACCGCUUCUUGGUCGCCCUGACCGCCUCGCAGUCUGUGGCCUCAGCUGCUUCACGCUGCAGGCGCUUCGGACGCGGGCGCGGUCAGCCAUUUUACACAUGCCAGAGAGGAGUGCCGGGCGUAGGACUCCAAAGGGAGACCUGGCUUCCUGACAUCGUGUACAUCCUUUCUGGAGGAGUGUAGGUGGAAAUGAGAAGUACUAUGUAGACCGCCUUGCACAGGCACUUAGGUGCUUAGAACGUGUCGGCCAGUGCAAAUGUCUGCAUGUGUGAAGGGAGCCUGCACGCCACACCAGCUCCCCCAGCGUCGCGUUUUACGCCGCCUGCCGGCCGCCCUCGCUCCGGUACAUACAGAGCAUGCGCACACGGCCCGGUCGGCUUUGCUUCCUGUCUUUUUGGUCCCGGCAGCGCGCCGUCGGCGGCUCAGUGCGUUGCCCUAGAAACCUCGGAGCGGUGAAGGGCUAGCGGUGGAGACUUCGGGAUCCUGGGCACUUGAGCGCCAUGUCUUUCCGUGAUCUCCGCAAUUUUACAGAGAUGAUGAGAGCCUUGGGAUACCCUCGACAUAUUUCCAUGGAAAACUUCCGCACACCAAAUUUUGGGCUUGUAUCUGAAGUGCUUCUCUGGCUUGUGAAAAGGUACGAACCUCAGAAUGACAUCCCUUCUGAUGUUGAGACUGAACAAGACCGAGUUUUCUUCAUUAAGGCAAUUGCCCAGUUCAUGGCCACCAAGGCACAUGUAAAACUCAAUACCAAGAAGCUUUAUCAGGCAGACGGGUAUGCAGUGAAAGAACUACUGAAGAUCACCUCUGUCCUUUACAACGCUAUGAAGACCAAAGGCAUGGAGGGCUCUAAACUAGGAGAGGAAGACGUCAGCAAGUUCAAGUUUGACCUUGGCUCAAAGAUUGCAGAUUUAAAAGCAGCGAGGCAGCUUGCUUCUGAAAUCACUUCCAAAGGAGCAUCUCUAUAUGACUUGCUGGGCAAGGAGGUGGAGCUGAGGGAACUGAGGACAGAAGCAGUUGCCAGACCUCUGGAAAUAAAUGAGACUGAAAAAGUGAUGAGAAUUGCAAUAAAAGAUAUUCUGGCACAGGUUCAGAAGACAAAAGACCUGCUCAAUAACGUGGCCUCUGACGAAGCUAACUUAGAAGCCAAAAUCGAAAAGAGGAAAUUAGAGCUGGAAAGAAAUCGGAAGCGACUGCAGACUCUGCAGAGCGUCAGGCCAGCGUUUAUGGAUGAAUAUGAGAAGAUUGAGGAGGAAUUGCAGAAGCAGUAUGAAAUUUAUCUUGAGAAGUUUCGGAAUCUGGCUUAUCUGGAGCAGCAGCUGGAGGAUCAUCACAGGAUGGAGCAGGAGAGGUUUGAGGAAACUGAGAACACUCUCCGUCUGAUGCAGAACAAGCUCAAGGAGGAAGGAAAACGUCUGCUCAAGAGCGGAAGUCAGCCAGGAGUGCAUGAUGCGGCCCUCAGUGACAAGCCUGCAUGGAGUGUGUCCCCCUCCGAGAGGCCCAGCACAGGUAAUGAUGACUCUGACAUUGACAUCCAGGAGGACGAUGAAUCCGACAGUGACAUGGAAGAGAGACGGCUGUCCAAGCUGCAUACGGCCAUGGAGGUGCUCAUGCAAGGACAACCCAGCAAGCGCGUCGUGGGCACAAUGCAGGGUGGAGACACGGACGAUGACAUGGAAGCAGCACCAGCUCUCUUAGGUAAAUGCAAGACUUCCAGCUCCAAGAAGCAGGAAGACUUGGAGGACAGUGAGAUUGACAUGGAGGAUGACGAAGAUGACGACGAUCUGGAAGAUGAGAGCGUGGCGCUCUCACCAGCUAAGCCCAGUCGAAGAGGCCGGAAACCUGAGCCCCUGGAUGAGAGUGACAGUGACUUCUGACCUUCUUGCCAAGGGACCUAGGCAGAUUAAAACCCUCAGAUUUGUAGGGAAAGGGGAAAUUGAGGAGGCAGAAGAAAAGAGACAUUUGUUGGAUAAGCCAGCUGGACUUGUUGUUAAUGAAGCAAAGCCUGUUUCUGGUUUAGUUUCCUGGGUGUUGCUCACACAUUCCAAAGCUUAAACAGGAACCGGAGCCAGCCCCACAGAGGAUUUUUUUUUUUUUUUUUUGGCCUUUUCUCUCUCCUAAAAUUUGGGAAAUGCAUGUGUUCCUAGUGAUUCACAUCCACAGGGCAAAAACUUUUGAGAUAUAACAGCCAACACCAUGUAAGUCUUGGCUGUUAUGUUUGUCACACUUUUUCUGUGAAAGUCAGUGGGACCUUCCCAGACUUGGGGCCGAAACUGGGCCCAGGACUCAUUGCAGGAACUGUAGGGCAGUCAGGACAUUGACAUUGUAUCAUUUUUUGAGUCUAGGCUUUAAUUUACUCUGUAGUCUUAUUUUCCUUCUUCUGCACAUUCACAAUACCAAGCUUUAAAUGUAUUUUACUAACUAAAGUUUUCUGAAAGAAAGUAGCUAAUUCAUAUGAAAACCAGCUUUCCUUGAAGAUCAGGCAACAGAGAGAUGCUCCAGUUCAUGCACACUUCAUUUUCUCUCAGAAGGCUGAUGUUCCUCCAUAGGAAGGAGGAAAUUAAGGGAAAAGUGUUGGUACGUAUUCAGGUUUCUGACUUCAAAAAAUAAACCAUAUUGAAUUUAACAGAAUAGCACUAGAAGAAUUUCCCUUUUGUGAAGCGAGAAGUGACAGGUAUGUGGAUUUUGCUUUGCUUUGGUUUUGUUAAUACACAGAACAAGCACAGAGGAGUUUUCGUUUACUUUUCAAUUAUAAAAUCAGAAGACUUGGGAAGUUCUUUAUCUCAAUAAAUGUAUUUUACACCAUA